AGCGCCCGCGCUGAUGCCGGUGGCGUGCUGGUUGCCGCGGUGGUGGUGAGGGACAACCGUUUCCCCGCAACGCAGCGUUCGCGGCGCCGCCCAUGCCAGAAUCGUUCCGCCCUUUGUCCGAGAGCAGCCGCCGCCGUGGCUCCCCGCCGGGAGAGGAGCGGAGGGAGCCUGCCGGCGCCAGACGUUACCGGAUAUGCCACAGGCUUAAGAGGGCCUCAGCCCCUACGGGGAGCGAGGGCACGGCAGCAAACAUGACUUCAGCAGAUAAGAAGUUUUCAGGAGACAGCAAUGUUUCACCAAAAGCCAGCACAAGCAAGCUGCCAACAGAUGCUUCUCCUGACUCUAAAUGCCCUAUCUGCUUGGAUAGAUUUGACAACGUUUCAUACCUGGAUCGCUGUUUCCAUAGGUUCUGUUUCCGCUGUGUCCAGGAGUGGUCAAAAAACAAAGCAGAAUGCCCCCUCUGCAAGCAGCCCUUCUUUUCUAUUUUCCAUACAAUUCGUGCAGACGAUGACUUCAAGGAGUACAUACUCAGCCCUCUAGAAAAUGGCUCUUUUGCCAGCCCUGAUGGCCAGAGGUUUCGUUACCGUACUACCUUAACGGGGGAUUGUCGCACUGGCCGUUUGCCUUCCCAAAGGAUGCUGUCUCCUCCAGAUAAUUCACUGUUUUCUGCAGUAUCCUUUGGUGAACCAACGCAGCACAGGGAUGGAGAGAUGCAGCAGAUAAGUAGGCCAGCCUCAAGCAGGCAGCCUAGUGCAGACAACAUAACUAAUCAGUGGAUGGCGAUGCAGGACAUGAUCAACUACCGCAGAGCUCUGUACCGUGCUGGUGUGCGUAUUCGUAGCAUUCAGGAUGGUGGCCGCUACAGAGAUAUUUCAGCAGAGUUUUUCCGCCGUAACCCUGCAUGCCUUCACAGAUUGGUCCCUUGGUUGAAGAGAGAACUUACAGUCCUGUUUGGUACCCAUAGAUCUUUUGUUAGUGUUAUACAGCGCAUUAUUAUGAGCAAUGUGACUAAGUAUGAUCUGGAAAGUCAGGCCUUUGCUGAUGUGGUAAGGCCAUUUUUUUUGCAUCGGACUGAACAUUUCUUACAUGAAUUCAUCAGUUUUGCCCGUUGUCCUUUUGACUUAGAAGCAUAUGAUCGACACGCCAAUUAUGAUUGUCCUUCACCAUCGUAUGAUGAAGAAAGCCGCUCAGACUUGUCAGUUAUUACAAUAUCUUCAGAUACAGCUUAUUCUCAAGGCCCAGAUAACAGUUUGUCUGUGACUGGUCUCAGCCAGGCUCCCUGGGAUGAUGAAACUCCCGGGCCUUCCUAUUCCAUUUCAGAAGAGGUUCCUGCAACUCUGGAGAUGUCAGAAAGUUCUGAUGAAGACUCUGCUACAAAGAGUCAAAGAACCAAUUUGCAGACACAAUUACAGGCUAAUGCUGACUCCAACAACAGUGAUUCUUCCUCGGACGAUUGUGUUAUUGUUCGGUAUGUUAAGCCACUAGCUGAGAGGACACCAGAAGUUGUUGAGCUGUCCUCAGACUCCGAGGAACCCAUCAGGGAAGAGAAAAACGAAGAUGUGACGAAACAGCAGCCAGUCCACUGUCGCAGCUGGAGUGAUAGUGAACCAAGCAGGAGUUUAUCGCCACAUUCCACCACAUACAAGGAGAAUGUUGCUAGCCUUAGAAGCUGCUUAUCUCCUGCAGUUGAGAAGACAGAGACAAAAGAUGAUGAGAAGUACAAACAUAAGGUAAAAGAUCCAACUUCACAGGUCUUAAGCUGGAGCCCCCCUCCAGAGAGUGACACAGUGUGCUCCCCUUGGAAUCACAGAUUCUCUAGAAAAGGAAAGUCCAGAAGCCCGCAAUCCUGUUUACAGAGCAGUCGUGGCAGUCAUGGGCAUCGGUCUAGGAGGGAGCAUCAUAGCAAAAGCCAAACUAAAAGGAAACGAUCAAGAAGCAGAGAUAGUAGCAAACGCAGAAGAAAAAGAAGCACCAGGAGGUCAAGAGCCCAUGAAAGCAAAGUUUCUCUAGAAAGCCAAAGAGGCUCUUUUAGUCAUGAGAGCACUCCAUGCAGAGAAGUAAGCAGAUCACGAUCACGUAGCAAAGGCCAUGGCAAGAGGAGAUCAAGAAGUAGAGACAGUGAUCGUUACUAUGUAAAAGACAGUUAUCAAAGUAGACACCAGUGCGGAUAUGCUUUCUGUAGUCGAAAGGUGUUUGGAGAUGGCUAUGAAUCCUCCAGCAGGAGGAAGACUCAAUCUAAUGAUACCUACUCAAGGCAGUCUCCUAGUCCAGAAUAUAGGAUUCGAUCAUUUAUUGAAAGGGCAGAUACACACAGCCAGAGGGGAUUUCGUGAGAGACACUAUUACUGUUAUGAAAGGUGCAGGUCAAGGAGUCGAUCAAGCAACAGGUCAAGGACUCCUCCGAGGGGAACUGAGAGAAUGAAAAGUGAAAAACCUGGUGGAAAAAGGAAGUACAAAACUCGCCACCUGGAGAAUACAUUUACUGAGAGCACAAAUCUAGAAAGAGAAAGUGACCCCGAGAAGACAGUCUCAAAAUUCAGCGACUGCUACAAAAAUGAAUACAGCUUUUCAGACAGUCGAGUAGGCAGCAACAUAAAACAUAAGAAAAAGAAAAAGAAGAUGAGAAGUCCAAGUGUGGAGAUUGUCUAUGAAGGAAAAGCAACAGAUGCCACAAGGCAACUUAAAAAGAAAAAGAAAAAGCAUAAAAAGAAACACCGGAAAUGUCAUACGAGUAACUCAACACACUCUUCUCCACCAGUGAUUACAAUUGAUAGUGAUAGCAGGGAGCUACAAAUUGAUGGAAGUUGCAGUAGUAUUACUUGGACUGGCACCACUCAGAUAAGUGAGAAGGGAAAUGAUUCUCCAUCUUCUGUUCUGGGAAGGAGAGAAUCUGAAGAUGUUUACAGAGUUGUCAAGGAAACUGAAGAAGUAGCCAAAAAGUUCAGUAUUCCUACCAGAAGGGGAAACUUAGAUAGUGACAUUAGAAAUGCUGAAGUUGAACUUCAAGAAACAAGAGCUGAUCAGAAUCUUACCAUGCCAGAGACCAGCAGUAGUACCCCUCACACAGAAAUUCUAACCAGCUACAUUCAAGAAGCACCAGCAGCGCCUUCCAGUCAACUGCCUUCACCCAGGAUUUCCUUCCUAGAGAGUCCUGAGAGACAGCCAUUAAUGCUAAGAGUGCUAAAAGGAUUUGUCAACAGAUCAUCUUGGUUUAAUUUCACAGAAGAAAAACUGUAGCACACUUUCCACAGAACACUUCUUAAAGUCCUGCAUUUGUUAAAACGGCAUUUUUCCUCUUGAGAACAAAAAACCCCCACCCUUACGUGAAUUCUGUUUGUUAAAGGAUGUCUGGGAAAUGUGUAAAACUUUUGAAUGUGUAUGUACUAUUGAGUCAAUAAGGAUGGAAUAUUGCUAGUAUGUAACUUCUAUGGUUUCUCAAAAGACUGGAAGUU